AUGGACACGGAGGAGAAGGACUGCUCCGCUGGGGAGUAUUUUGUGCAGAGGAAGGUUCUGGAUGAGUUACGUCUGGAUGAAGUAGCACAAAAAGGGACAUGGUCCACAAAGCCAACCCUGGGUGAACGGGUGAAAGAGUCCCUGAGGUGUUCGGUGCCCAGGCUGAAGCACACAUUGCUGAGCUGGGUCCCUGUUCUCAGCUGGCUGCCUCACUACUCCAUCAGAGAAAACGCCAUUGGGGACCUGAUCUCUGGCUGCAGUGUGGGCAUCAUGCAUCUUCCGCAGGGUAUGGCAUAUGCCCUUCUUGCUUCCCUACGCCCAGUGUUUGGCCUUUACACCUCCCUAUACCCGGUGCUGGUCUACUUCAUCUUUGGCACUUCCAGACACAUCUCAAUAGGUACGUUUGCUGUGAUCAGCAUCAUGAUUGGGAGUGUGACGGAAAGGCUAGGACCAGAUAUGAACUUUAUUGUUAAUGGCACUAAUGAGACAGGAAGUGUGGACCUCGAUGCACGGGACGCAUACAGAGUCCAGAUAGCAUGUUCCCUCACGGUAUUGGCAGGAAUCUUUCAGAUCCUUUUAGGUGUGGUGAGGUUUGGUUUCGUGGUCACCUACCUGUCUGAGCCACUGAUUCGAGGCUACACCACAGGAUCAGCAUGCCAUGUAUGCGUGUCCCAGCUCAAGUACUUGUUUGGAGUCACGCCAGCUCGCUUCACUGGUCCGCUCUCCCUUAUUUAUACUCUGGUGGAUAUUUGCCGGCUACUGCCUGAGACUAAAGUGCCAGAGCUGGUGGUCAGCCUGGUUGCACUCUCUGUUCUCAUUGUGGUCAAAGAAAUCAAUGAGUGCUACAAAGAGAAGCUGCCUCUGCCCAUCCCGAUAGAAAUCGUAGUGAUCAUAGCAGCAACAAUCAUUAUCCACUUUGGCGGACUUACGAGUAAAUAUGGCAUUGAUGUGGUUGGAGAGAUUCCAAGUGGACUCAAGGCCCCUCGAGCUCCAGAUGCCACAUUGUUCUCAGAGCUGAUAGGCGAUGCUUUUGCAGUGGCUAUUGUGGGAUAUGCCAUCAACAUUUCUCUGGGCAAAACAUUCGCCCUCAAACAUGGCUACAAAGUGGAUAGCAACCAGGAGCUGGUAGCUUUGGGUCUUAGUAACACUGUUGGCGGCUUUUUUCAGUGUUACUCUGUGACUUCCUCCUUGUCUCGCAGCCUCGUCCAGGAGAGCACCGGGGGCAAGACACAAGUUGCGGGAGUGAUUUCGUCCAUCAUCGUGCUUGUCACGGUUUUGAAAAUAGGUUCUCUCUUUUCAGAUCUCCCCAAGGCUGUCUUAUCCACAAUAGUGUUUGUGAAUUUGAAAGGAAUGUUUAAGCAGAUCUUGGAUGUGCCUAUGCUGUGGAAGACCAACAAGGUUGAUCUGCUUGUGUGGCUGGUUACAAUCAUAAGCACCAUCCUGCUCAACCUGGACCUGGGUCUAGCUGUCUCCAUUGGCUUUUCCAUGCUCACUGUCAUCUUCAGGACACAACUACCCCGCUACUCUAUCUUGGGCCAUGUGUCAGGCACUGACCUGUAUCUGGACACAGACACCUACAAGGAGGCUAAAGAGAUUCCAGGAAUUAAAAUCUUCCGUUCAUCUACAACCAUCUACUACACAAAUGCUGAGAUGUACUUGGAGGCCCUGCAAGACAAGACUGGGAUUGAAAUCGGAAAGCUGCUGACGGCAAAGAAGAAGCAAAACGCAAAGCUGAAGCGUAAACUAGAGAAAGAGAAAAAGAAAGCUAAGAAGGAGGCCAAGAAACAAAGAAAAGCAGUCAGCCACCUCUCCAAUGACACAUUAUCAAAGAUGAGUGAGAGGAAAGUCUCUGCAGGACUGAAGGGACAGAGUCAGGGGAAUGUUGUAGCCUUAAGCCUGACAGAAACCUCUACAAAUGGCCUUAGUAAAGGUCAAGUAAACUUGGCUUACCAAUACGACACAACCAUGUCAGACUCAGAUUCAGACACGAGUUGCCACGGCGAUGACGACAUCCCCCAGGUAUCGCACCGCUGUGAUGAGGAAACGGAAAGGGCCCACGGAUCAGACACGCAUAGCAUCAUCCUGGACAUUUCGACAACCAGCUUUGUGGACACUGUCACUGUGAAGACCUUGAAAAAUAUAUUCAGGGACUUUGGAGAGAUUGAUUUGGACGUCUAUCUAGCAGGAUGCCAAGCAUGUGUCGUGGAGCAGCUGGAAACGGCAGGUUUCUUCACAGAGUCCAUCCCAAAGAGCAGGCUGUUCGUCACGGUGCAUGAUGCAGUACUUCAUGUUCUCAAGAAACUGGGCAGGACUGACUUCGUUCUUGACGUGUCCUGCAGCACUCAGAUGUAACCAUCAGGGGUCAGACUGCUCUAACUCUCGCCAUCCUCUUCCUCUUCUUCGGCUGCCGGUUGUAUCAUUGCUCACUAUUGGUCGCCAUCGUCUCCUCCCACUUCAGUGGGGGAGAAUGCACCACCUUGACAUGGUGGCUGGUUGCCAUAGAAAUACAGGGAGCCGUUGCUGUGGCAACAGGGCUUUUAUGAUAUCGUCUAAUGAGAUAGCCAGCAAUACGUCAUCGCAGCGCUCUCCCUCCGUGGCGUGUGUGAGAGACAGAGAAGGGGCGGGGGUUGAGUGGGAGAAUGUAACACUGGACUAAUAGGAGUCUGUAUUUAUAGCUUGUGUGAGAGAGCACAGAGAGAGUGAAAGGUUGACUGUAAGGGGAAACUAAUAUGUGAGAGGUGUUGGCAUAUGUCUGUCUGUCAAUCUUUAUUCUUGAACCAAUGCACGUCUUCCACAACAAAUUAAUAAAAUGUAAAUAUUCGUCAUUGAUAUGACCGGGCCAUUCCCUCUGAGAGGGGUUCUCAAUCCUUAACAACUAAUUGACUCCAAAAGCCUUCAGGAGUGAACUGAAUAGUGGGUAAUGGUGUAAUAGUAGUUACAUUUAAAAUGAGCAGCGGCUUAUAAACACAAUGUGGGUGUAUUUAUAGUCAGUAUUCACACGUCUGAUUCCUCUGACAUCUUGAGCUCCUUUCUAUUUUUGGGAUGCAGUGUCAAGUGCUAUCAUCUGCUAUCAUAACUAUCAGAGGCUAAACAGGGUAUUGAGGUGAAUUAUUUGGUUAGCCCACUCAAAUAUAUUUGCUUCAAUAUUUUGAGAAUGGUUACGAUUAGACGUUUUCUAAUCAUAUUAACUCAUGAACGUUUAUAAGGUGACUCUUCGUGUGCUGUGGGCUUCCCACCACUAUUCAAUGAUCAUCCUGCAGUCAGAGAUCUUCACAUAUUGGUUCCUUGGAUUGACCACUCCAAUGCAAACAAUGUCAAGUGUUGUAAAUUACAAAACACACAUAUUUCCUUGAGAGUGCUUACUGCUCAUGUGUUCUACCUGACUGACUAUGGAUCCAGUUGUCUGUAAAAUGUUUGACUAGUUCUUC